AUGCAGGUCCGGUUCUGUCUUUCGUCGUUGGCCGCCAUUCUCUGGUCAACAGUGUCGACCGCUGCUGCGUCGUGGGAAGCUGAGCAACAUGCCUCGAACGACCUCUCCUUCUACACCGUGCCGUCCAACUUCUCUUGCACUCUCGCUCCGGGCAGUCUGCUGCGCGUCGAGGUGGCGAUCAAUCUCUCGGGAUACACGGUGCCGAGCAGUCUCACCAUCUCUCGCAUCAUCUACACAACGGCAGAUCAAAACGGGCCGAUGUUGCCCGCGUCGGCGUACGUCUUGUGGCCGUACACGCCACUCGCCUCGGCAGGACUGAAGAAGGACCAAUUCCCGAUGGUGGUCUGGGCUCAUGGGUCUUCUGGCUUCUUUGGAGCGGGGAUUGCGGUGGUCGCUCCCGAUUAUGCCGGGCUCGGCGUCGACAGGCUCCCCAACGGGCAGACCAUCGCCCAUAACUGGUUACACGGUCCGUCUCAGGCCACCGAUCUUGCCAACGCCGUCAUUGCCGCUCGCAAGGCUUUCCCCCGGAAUUUACCUGCCGACGGUCCCUUCGUCGCCGUGGGCCACUCCUAG